AUGGCCAGGAUCGUUCAUUUUUUAUACACUUAUUUGUUUUAUCUGAACGCACGACUGUCAUUAGCGUCAAAUGAGUCCAUAUCGUCAACCAUGUCUAUAGAUGUAUUGCCCGACGGAUGUCAAAAUCUUCUGCAAUCAUUUGCCAAUGAGACUGCCAGGUUCACACUAUGUGUUGUAACUAAUGCUCGGCCAAUCACAGUAUGCGAAAAAUGCGUGAACGAGUUCAAUCAAGUAUUCAAGAGAUAUGAAGAAAUUCAAAAGUUACAUAACAACGAUAGUGAGGUAGACUGUCGAGCAGUUUUGACUAAUAUUGAUCGCUUACAAGUUGUAUAUGCAAGUUAUAACUAUGUAUUGGACAUGUGGGAAAAGGCUUCUUGUAAAUUGUGUUUAAAUGGUACUGUUUUCAAUGACAAGACAAGAGGAGUGAUGAUACGAGGUGAUAAUUUAGAUAAGUGUAUAUCUAAACACAUAAAUGACACAAAACUUUCAAACACAUCACUCUGCGCUGACUGCAAACAAUACUAUGUGAAUUUAACCAAUUACUAUAAUAAGCAUAAAAAUGAUAACACAUUUUGUAUGGAUGUUGUUGAUUUGAUCAACAACACUCAAAGUGACUGGAGUUUAAAAUGGAAAUGUCAUGAAUCGAACUAUGACUCUGAAUGGGUAUUACUAGUCAUUUCAUUUAUUGUACUUUUAAUGCCUGUUUUAUUUUAUUUUAUCAAUUGGUUAAUAUCUCAAGAGAGAUCAAAUGUAUUACUAUCACAAAACCGUUGGCAUCAAAGAUUUACGAAUAAUGCAGCAUCGACUUCCGGUUACGUUGUAAUAUCCUAA